UCUAGUGUGUGGGAGCAAAUGCCCCUGAAGGCUGCAGUAGUCACUUAAACAAACCCAAGCACGCAACUGUUUUAUUUUGGUUCCUAAGUGGAAAAUGUUGAAAUUGAAGGUGAGAACUAGUAAGAGGUAUAUGAGUAGCAGCCACACGUGAGAGACACAUUUGAAUUCAUAGCUGCUAUAUUCUAUUUCCCUGACCAAACAGCACGCAAAGGAAAUAAAUACGCCGCCCAAGAAUACAACAUCGAAUGAAGCAGACAGGAGUGUUUGAAUGAAAUUGUUCUUCGGAUGCUCAGAAUAGCAAGAGAGAGCCAGAAUCUCUCGCUGCUUCGAUGUGCAAAUCCAAAAAGAGCACAAGCGUGAUCCAACCCAGAACCCGAACAAACACAAAAAGGACAAAUUCCCCUCGUCCUCACCGAACACGAACCCCAACAUCGUCUUCCUCGAACUACGAAACCUCCACGAGCGAUGUUCCAAUCACAGAAUCAAGAAGCUACGUAUUCGAAAACAACAACAACUCCAACACCAACUACGACUUCGAGUGGUCCAAAACCUCUUCAAUUUCAAGCCGCGCUUCUCUAUCAAGUCUCAGAGACACGCUCCCUGAAAACCCUAACAUCUACCACUUCUCCGAGAUCGCCGCCGCAACCGCCAAUUUCUCUUCCCCGCGCCUCUCUUCUUCCUCCUGGCGCUGCGUAAUUCGCCAACGCGACGUCGUCGUUUCGCGCCGCAACUUCCGCCAACAAAUUGAUCUUCCGGAGCUCAGUCGCCGCCUCGCGCUCAUCUGCCGGAGCCACCACAGCAGCCUCGUGAAACUCCUCGGCGCGUCGGUCUCCGGCGCCGUCAUCUUCCUCGUCUACGAGUUCGUCCCCGGCGCCAGCCUCGCCGACUGCCUCCGCAACCGCCGGAACCCUAGCUUCACCGAUCUCAAGACGUGGAUCUCUCGGAUGCAGAUCGCAUCCGACGUGGCGCACGGUCUCGAUUACAUCCACAAUUUCUCCGGCUCCGGUUCGGAUUCCGAAGCCGGAUUCGUUCACAAUCAUAUCAAGAUUUCGAGCAUUGUAAUCACGGAGGAGAAUCUGCGCGCGAAAAUCUGCCACUUCGGCGCGUCAGACCUCUGCGGCGAGGCCGUCGCCGGCGAAGGCGAGCCUUCCGGCGGCCGGAUGGUGAGGAUCGAGGGGAGGAGGGGCUACAUGGCGCCGGAGUUUCAGAUCAGCGGCCUCGCGACGAAGAAGACCGACGUGUACGCCUUCGGAGUGGUUGUUUUGGAGCUGCUGAGCGGGGAAGAGGCGUUGAAGUUCGAAUUCAACGACGACGGAGGUUAUCGGAGGAUUAGCGUGGUGGAGACGGCGAAGAUUGCGGCGGAGGUGAACGGCGGCGUGAGGAAGUGGGCGGAUAAGAGGCUGAGGGAUUCGUUUCCCGUGAAAGUUGCGGAGAGAAUGCUUCGGGUCGGGUUGGAGUGUGUUUGCGAUGACCCGAAUGAGAGACCCGACAUGGGUCGGGUCUCGAAUGAGGUGUCGAAGCUGUAUUUGGAAUCGAAGGAGUGGGAUGAAAAAAUGGGAACCGAUAUUGACUUGUCGGUGUCGUUGGCCCCACGGUGACGUUUUUUUGGGUUUGAGAGAUUUUUAUUUCCAUUCUUUUUAACACUAUGAAUUUUGAUUGUAAAUAAAGAAAGAGAAAAACUGAUUGUGUAAUUUCAUACUUGUAUAUGAUACGAUUACGGAUUGUGUAAAAUGUUGUUGAUAGGUUUGAAGCACUCAAAUCAACCAAUUCUGGCUUGAAUGGAAUGAAAGGAUACUGCGUUGUGUA